CGGGGUUUGGGAGAAGGCCCGUGAUGGGUACAGAAAGAAGUAACGAUGUCACCGCCAUAUAUAGGGGCGGGGGAGAAAAGGGGGCCUUUGGGGAGCAUGUAGCAGGUAGCCAGGUUGGGGGGGCGGGGUAUACAGAAGGAAGGCAUUUGAGUCAUGUUGGGGUGUGUAGAUGUAGUGAGACGAUGGGUUCCGUAGUGGGGAGAGGUGGCUAGACUUCGAGGUGCUAAGUGUAGGAACAGGAUGGAAAAGCCCUAGUGAAAUGUGGGGAAUUGGGUUAGUGGGGCUCUGGGGAGGUACCUAGAGAGGAAGUGAGGGAGGCCACGGAAUAUGAAGAUGGGGAGGCCCUGCGGCAUGUAGUGGGGAUGGAGCCCCAGGAGGGCCUGGAGGCCGAUGCGGGGGCCGGUGGGGGGGGGGGCGGCAAAGGGAGGGGAAGCAACUUGAACUGGGGCUGGGCAACAGGGAAAGAAGAAACCACAGAUUAGAGAAAUCUCGGCGGUCAGGAGGCCCGGGGUGUGAGAUGUAAAAAGGAAACUUUUUCUAAAAGGAAGUGGCAAUUUUAACUCAUCUCCCCUCCGCCGCUCCCAGCUGCCGCUCCAGAUGCUGCUGCUGCCGCCGCGGCCACCCCACCCUCGGUCCUCCUCUCCGGAGGCCAUGGACCCACCGCCCCCCAAGGCUCCCCCUUUCCCCAAGGCGGAAGGCCCCUCCUCCACUCCUUCCUCGGCGGCGGGGCCCCGACCCCCGCGGCUGGGCCGCCACCUCCUCAUCGACGCCAAUGGGGUCCCCUACACAUACACGGUGCAGCUGGAGGAGGAGCCCCGGGGCCCGCCCCAGCGCGAGGCGCCCCCAGGAGAGCCCGGCCCUCGCAAGGGCUACAGCUGCCCGGAGUGCGCCCGUGUCUUUGCCAGCCCUCUGCGGCUGCAGAGCCACCGCGUGUCGCACUCGGACCUCAAGCCCUUCACGUGCGGCGCCUGCGGCAAGGCCUUCAAGCGCUCCAGCCACCUGUCGCGGCAUCGCGCCACGCACCGCGCCCGCGCCGGGCCGCCGCACACCUGCCCGCUCUGCCCACGCCGCUUCCAGGACGCCGCGGAGCUGGCGCAGCACGUGCGCCUCCACUAAGCUCGAGACCCGGCCUGUGCUGCCCUGCCCGUCUCAGGGCCACCAAGUCUGACCCACACAGCGUCACUCACUCCCACACACACUCCCUGGCUCUGCUGAGGUUACUGCCUUACCCUGGGCCUCAGUUUUCCCACCUUCCAAAGGGAGGAGCAUCAUUCCUUCCUUACCCCCUUUCUAGCUGUGUGAUGUAGACCAAAGUCGUUGCCCCUCCCUGGGCCUGGGAACCAGUCGGAACUGGGUUCCAGUCCAGCUGUGCUGUGUGAGCGUUUGCAAGUGACAUGACGUCUCUAAACCUUGGUUUUCUGCUCUCUGGAGAGGUGAACCGGUGGUUUUCUGCGGGGAAGAGAUGAUAAAGAGCACGGGCACGGUCUGGUUCAUUUCUGUAUCUACCCCCCUUCCGCCCACGCCCCCGACCCUUUGCUCAAUAAACAUUCCGCACUCCAUUUUCAGGCUCUUCCUUGCGUGUGCGUGUGCGUGCGCGUUGGGUGCUGGGGGGUGGAGACCGGAUCUUCCUCGCUUGGGUACUUUCCUCUCGGUGUGUGUUUCUGGCCGGGGCCGUUUCGCGACGGCCCGGGCGCCCCGCCCCCACCUUCCUUCCCUAGACCCUCUUCUCUCCCUUCGGCUUCUCUCUUUCGGCCGGCGCCGCCAGCUCCUGGGGCACACCCAGAGGUCCCCUUCCCGCCGCCGCCUGCAACUGCGAGGGUAGCCCGGGGCCGCUUGGAGUCGCCCGGACCUGAGAGGCUGCUGCACUGGGCCUCAGCCAGCCCUCCGGAUGCUGGUGCUGCCAUCCCCCUGCCCUCAGCCUCUGGCAUUUUCCUCCGUUGAGACCAUGGAGGGCCUUCCCCGUCGGACAUGCCGCUCCCCAGAACCUGGACCUUCCUCCUCCAUCGGAUCUUCCCAGGCUUCAUCUCCUCCAAGGCCCAACCACUACCUGCUUAUUGACACUCAGGGUGUCCCCUACACAGUGCUGGUGGACGAGGAGUCACAGAGGGAGCCAGGGGCCAAUGGGGCUCCAGGCCAGAAAAAGUGCUACAGCUGCCCCGUGUGCUCCAGGGUCUUCGAGUACAUGUCCUACCUUCAGCGACACAGCAUCACCCACUCGGAGGUAAAGCCCUUUGAGUGUGACAUCUGUGGGAAGGCAUUCAAGCGCGCCAGCCACUUGGCACGGCACCAUUCCAUUCACCUGGCGGGUGGUGGGCGGCCCCAUGGCUGCCCGCUCUGCCCUCGCCGCUUCCGGGAUGCGGGUGAGCUGGCCCAGCACAGCCGGGUGCACUCUGGGGAACGCCCGUUUCAGUGUCCACACUGCCCUCGCCGCUUUAUGGAGCAGAACACACUGCAGAAACACACACGGUGGAAGCAUCCAUGAGCUGGGCUGCUGGGUGCCCCAGGUACCACAGGACUUUGCAGGGAGCCUGGACUCCUGUCCAGACACCUGGUGAGAGCCUGAGGCUGGUGUUCAGGGCCCUGGACACAGACACAGAGCAGCCACAUCUCAAAGGCAGAGCCCUGCCUGAAGGAGGAAUCCGUGAGUAGUCUUCAGGUCCUCCGUGUUUUGGAGCUGAGAUGGGAAUGAGCCCCUACACAGAAUGGAGUCCUCUAGCCUAAAGAUACCAGCUCUUCCAUGGCAGAGCCUUGACUGGAUGGGGGUGGGGAGUGUGGUGUGUAAAGUCUCUGGCCUCAUAAAAGGUGGCUGUGGGUCAUCAGGAAUCUGCCAUCUUCCUGAGGCUUCUGUGCUGUUGUUGGGGAAGGGACCCCAGUCCUGCCUUCCACCCCCCGACCAGGCCUGAGACUGAUCGAACAAUAAACACGUUUCCCACUCUGA